AGUCCAAGAGCAAGCGCCCUGCGUCAAGGCUUGGCAUCGCGACCACGGAAAGUUGCAGCGCAUCACGACAACAUCAACCCAUCCGCCCCGAGCUACGAUAGCUCCGCCACACUCGCGCUGCCCUCCCACCCGGUUGCGCGUGUGUUGUCGCGUUUUCAUUUCUUUCAUUCCUUUGGAUUGUAUAUUCACUGCUUGUAUGAGUCUCUGGCGUUAGGUCCUUGAGAGUACAUCUGGGCAAUAUUUGGGUGCUGACGAAACAUCUGUAGCGGAGCAACGAGCCAGCCUCCGCUGCCCGUAAUAUACAAUCGCCUAGACGAGAGACGGGAGAUACAAGAGCAGGACUACCAUGGCGGACAACAAGCGCAACAGCGUUGCGGGUAAGGUCGCGACGCCGAACCUCAAAGCCGGCACGAGCUCGGGCAAAGAUGUUAUUGGCGCAGACUCCGACCUAUACAAGGCUGUUGGAUCACGCAUCAAGGUAACAUGUGCCCCUGGCAAGAACGUCCUCGAGGGCACCCUCUUCACGGCUUGCAACCUCACCCACGCCAUAGCCAUCAACACCGCCCCUGCCCCGCCGAACCCCUCCGCCUCCAUCUUCAGCCAGCCCGGCGACUAUCACAUCAUCCCAUUCGCACACAUUGAAUCUUUCGAGAUCAUUGGCACAGGAGAGCGGGCAUCUGAGUCCGCACCGGGUUUUGAUGGAGCGCUCCCCAGCAUCUCCAAGGUAGAUCUAGCCGCGCUACAAGCCCGCGAAGACCAGACUAUCCGCGAGAUGAAGAAGAAGGAUAUGCAGAAGGGCAAGGGAGUUAGUCCCGAGGCACAGGAGCUGUUCGAUGCUAUAUCGAGAACUCUACCGACCCGAUGGGCAGACACACAGAUCGUCGUUAGCGACUCCGUUCUUAUUCAAGCCCCAUACACGCUCGACAAUAUCAAGGCGCCCAGCGACAAGCAGCAGGCAGAAAACCACGUCCGUAAAGUUGUCGAGCGCUUCUAUCAGCGUAAGAAGGGUGCGGCUUCGGGAGGAGCUGCUCGCGCGCCAGUUGCUGUGCCUAACGCCCCUAGAAAGGGAGGUUAAAGCCCCGUCAACUCAGGUCUUGCGUGAGGGGCGGAUUAGUGUAGACCUUACAUGCAGAGACCAUGUCACUGGUUGGAAUGUUGGUCUUGUUGGGCAUAGACAUGUCGCUCAUGAGAGACGUAUGUAAUGAU